AAAAAUCUCAAGGGCAAGCAUCUUUCCCUUGUGAGUGACAAGAAAGGUAAGGCUGACCAGACUUUCGAGCAUCUCUCCAAUAGGUUGCAGCUCCUGGAAAGCUAUUGGAAGACGUUCGCGGGCAACCACGGCAAGGUCUGCCGAGAGAACGCCGGACUAGCAAAAGACCAUCCGUACUUCACUCGUAGUCAAUUCUACGAAAUCGAGGAUGCUUACGUGACUGCCAAGACGGAGCUGACAGCUCGCUUGGCCCGCUUAACCUCUGCGAGAGACGGAGACCGAGGAGCAAGUGCUGCAAGCGCCUCCUUGGUACAGAUGUUACCUACACCUCCCUCUCUCCCAUCACUAACAUUACCUACGUUUAACGGGGACCAACGAAAUUGGGAAUCCUUCAAGGAACUCUUCAGUUCCAUGGUGAAGGACGUUCCUCACAUAGCCAAUGUACAGAAGCUACAGCGGUUACUAUCUUCAUUGGAGGGCAGCGCAGCCGCGCGUCUCCGAAACAUCCCGCUGGUGGGGACAAAUUUCGAGGUGGCCUGGAACAUUCUGUUGAAAAGUUACGACAACAACAGAAUCAAGCUCGCAGACCACCUGAAGAGACUGCUCUCCAUGCCACCCAUGGCUACACGCUCCGCUCCAGAGAUCACGCGUCUGCUGGACACCGUAGAGGAAGCCACGAGGUCCCUAAUCUCUCUUGGCCGAGACGUCGACCACUGGGAUGAUUGGUUCAUCCAAUUAGUCGAGCUACGACUGGACAGCCAAAACGUGAAGAUUGGGAGAAGUCACUGGAGCAUCAGGAGGACUUCCCCUUGUACAAGGAUCUCAAAUCCUUCCUCGAGCAUCGGUCUCGGACGCUGUCAAGGUCAUGGCGCCGCUUCUUGUCCCUCCGUGCAUCGCUGCAGGACUCCCGGCUGCGGCGCAUCUCACCACACUCUCCUGCAUGAGGGUGCGGCUACCCGUGGCACUAGUGACUCUUCCACCGGAGGAGAACCUUCGGCACCGACCGGUGUUGUCUCCCUACACUCGGGUACACGUCACUCGGGAGUCGUGCUACUUGCUACGGCGCAGGUGGCUAUUCAGUCAUCUUCCGGCAGGAUUAUCGUCGUGAAAGCGCUCCUGGAUCAGGGCUCUGAGACAUCCUUCCUCUCUACAAGAGUCGUUCAGGAUUUGGAGCUGCCUAAACGACGCUCUUCCACGCUCGUCUUCGGCCUGGGAGCCCAACACGGGAUGAGGCCGUCAGGUGAAGUUGACGUAUUGCUACGAUCGAUUACCUCACCUUUCGCUUUACGUUUCAGCGCCCUGGUGUUGCCCAAGCUCACCUCCUUACUACCAAGCAAACCAGUCGUUCGAGCUUCUUGGACCCACUUAGAAGGCUUGACUUUAGCCGAUCCGGAGUUCGACAAAAUGAGUCGGGUUGACUGCAUUUUGGGAGCGGACGUUUAUCCCGCUCUCAUCCUUGAUGGUCUUAUAAAAGGUGGUCGCAAUGAACCCAUCGCUCAGCGGACUACACUAGGUUGGGUCAUCAGUGGCUUAACACCGUCACCUGCCGAAGUGCCCCCUAGCCUGGUACACUGCCACACGGUCGACACGGACUGCCAUAGCAUCGCAAAGGAGCUCCGCAGGUUCUGGGAGCUGGAAGAGAUCCCACCAACGAGAUUGCUCUCGAGAGAGGACCAAGCCUGCGAAGAUCAUUUUUCGAGCACUCAUGCGAGAGACUCCUCAGGUCGUUAUGUCCUGCGGCUUCCCUUCUCUCGCUCCCCGAACUUGCCGAGCACCUUCGCGAUAGCCAGAGCCCGCCUUUUGGGCACUGAGCGCCGCCUGGUUCGCAAGCCCAACGAGCAGAAGGCCUACGUUACUUUUAUGAAAGAGUACGAGGACCUUCAUCACAUGGAGCGCAUCGAGAAGCCUGACCUUGAUAAAGAAAACUACUACUAUAUACCUCACCACGCGGUCUUCAAAGCCGACGGGAGCGGAAAGAUUCGUGUAGUUUUCAACGCUUCACAAGACGCCUCCAACGGUCUCUCCCUCAAUGAUUGUCUACAUGCCGGACCGAAGCUCCAGAGAGAUAUCUCCGUCAUACUGACUCGCUGGAGAUACUACCGCUUCGUUUUUUCAGCAGACAUCGUCAAGAUUCCAGACGGUGCUAUUCAGCACUACAGGCUCACCACCGUCACCUACGGAACGGCCUGCGCUCCAUUCCAAGCCAUACGAGCCUUGCUCCAGUUGGCCUCAGAUGAGCGAUUGAAGUUCCCAGUGGGAGCAUCUAUUUUAGAGCGCAACGUCUACGUGGACGACGCCUUGGCCGGAGCUGAUACGCUGGAGAACGCCAAGGACGAACGUGAUCAGCUGGUCGGCAUCCUUCACUCAGCCGGCAUGGAACUCGACAAGUGGUCUUCAAAUCACCCUGCGUUGCUGACCGGGCUGAGCGACGUGUCUACCCAAGACCUGCCUAUCGACGCCCCAGAUGUGGUCUCCACCUUGGGACUUCUCUGGUCCCCUAGAUCGGAUGCCUUCAGAUUCCGUGUCAACCACGAUGAACUGAAACCCCCAACUACCAAAAGAGCAAUUCUCUCCAUCGUCGCACGUCUCUUCGACCCUAUGGGUUGGCUAGGCCCAGUCCUUAUCCGAGCUAAGAUACUCAUUCAAAAGCUCUGGCUCCAAGGAUGCAACUGGGACGAUCCAUUGGAUAUUUCUUCACAGGAGGAAUGCGAUCUGUUCUGCCGGCAGCUCCGCAACGUAGAAGGGAUCUCAAUUCCACGAUUCCUAAGUCGUGCGGCUGAGACACGCUGGUACCUACAUGGUUUUGCCGACGCCUCUGAACGAGCAUAUGGGGCUUGCCUGUAUUUCGUCACUCAGGACGACCACGGAGAGUGGAAAUCCACUCUCAUUACAGCGAAGACAAAGGUAGCGCCCAUCAAGUCAAUCAGCGUGCCUCGCUUGGAGUUGUGUGCGGCUCUCCUCCUGGCCAAGUUAGUGGCUUCCCUCCGCCCACAAUUGCAUCCUGAACCAAUCCGUACUUUCUGCUGGUCGGACUCAACAGUGGUCUUAGCCUGGAUCCGAGACCACCCCUCUCGCUGGCAGACGUUCGUAGCCAACCGGGUUAGCGAGAUACACAGCCUCAUCCCACAGACGCCUUGGGGUCACGUCAGGACGGAGGAAAACCCCGCGGACGCCUCCUCUCGUGGACUUUGCCCAAGCGAGCUGCGAACCAACCGGCUGUGGUGGCACGGACCCUCGUGGCUACUCAAGGACUGGUCGAGAUGGAAAACCGAGGAGUGCGAAUUCGUGUCCGCGCUAGAAGAGCGACCACCCCGCCAGGUGCUAGCACAUCAUGUGCAGCCAGAAGGGGACUUCCCCUUCACUCGCUUCUCCUCCUGGCAUCGACUCAUCCACACCGUCGCUUACGCCCUGCGGUGGUUGAACCGCCUUCGAAGGGUCCCACCACAAUACCCUUAUCCUGGAUUGGAGGCUCGGGAGAUCCACGCAGCAACCAGCUGCGUUUUGCGUCUGGUCCAACGAGAGGCGUACAGCGAGGAAUUGCACUGCCUGUCGAAGGGUGCUCCUCUCCCUCGAGCGUCGACGAUUCGUCGUUGCUCGCCCUUUCUCCAUGAAGACGGAGUCUUGAGGGUGGGCGGUCGCCUCCAAAACACAACCUUGCCGUUCGAGGAAAAACACCCCGCUAUCGUCCCACGCAAGAGCCAUCUCGCAGCACUCAUCUUGCGAGAUACGCACCUGAAUUCACUUCACGGCGGUCCACAGUUAAUGCUUAGCUGUCUGAGACGUCGAUUCUGGAUCCCUCAGGUGCGCAGCGACGUUCGGCGAGAGGUGCGAAGAUGCACCCGAUGUGCACGAUUCCAGGGUCCUCUGCUGGAGCAACAAAUGGCCCCUCUCCCCUCAACCAGAGGAACACCGAGUCGCCCGUUCUCUACCUGCGGACUGGACUAUGCAGGUCCAUUCCCCAUCCGGAUGUGUAAAGGUCGCGGUCAACGUGCUACCAAGGGCUACCUGGUCAUCUUCGUGUGCUUUGCCACACGUGCGGUCCAUUUGGAGGUAGUCUCGGACUUGACCACGCAAACCUUUCUGUCGGCCUGGCGUCGUUUUGUCGGUCGAAGAGGACUGUGUCGCUCGGUUUGGUCGGAUAACGGCACGACCCUCCAAGGAGCCGACCAGGAGCUGAGGCGUCUCUUUCAUAGCGCCGCUACUUUCAGCAAGGAGAUUGCUGAGACUUUGGCAAACGAUGGAGUCACCUGGAACUUCAUACCUCCGAGAGCGCCGUAUUUCGGAGGUUUCUGGGAGGCUGGAGUGCGCUCAUUCAAGCACCACCUUAAGCGCGUGGUUGGUGACGCGAAGCUGACCUUCGAGGAGUUCUCGACUCUUGCCGUCCAGAUCGAGGCAUGCCUGAACUCGCGCCCUCUCAGCCCUCUCAGCAGCGACGUGGAGGAUUUGGCCCCCCUCACCCCAGGACACUUCUUGAUUGGAUCGGCGCUAUUAGCUCCUGCAGAGCCAAGCGAUACACCCGCCAUUCCUCGCGUGGAGCGCUACCGGUUGGCAACCGUGAUGCGUAACCAUUUUUGGAUGCGCUGGCGCAAGGAGGUUCUCCAUGAGUACCAGCUGCGCUCCAAAUGGUUGUCACCAACAAAACCCCUCAAGGUAGGUGAUUUGGUUUUAAUCUCCGAUAUCAACACGCCAGCCACCAGAUGGCCAUUGGGACGAGUUCUCGAGCUCCACGAAGGGUCGGACGGCUUAGCAAGGGUAGCUACCCUAAAGACCGCCACCACCACACUAAGCCGCCCCUUGGUUAAGCUUAUCCGCCUCCCAAUAGAUGACGGCCCGGAACCAGGACAGCCGCCGCUUGUCAAGGUGGGCGGAAGUCAAUCGCUGCCAAUAGGGGAAGGUGCCCUACACCCGGAACUCUCUCAAGAGUAG